AUGAAUGAAACUAAAGUUGAUGUUAACCCUAUCGAAACACAUAUAACUGAAGAUGUUGACAUAGAUGGUUUGUCAAUAGCAACAUAUGAAUCUGAAAAAAUAAAUGGGGUCGAUGUGAACGUUGAUUGUGACAAAGAUGAAGUUAAUGAUGAAAACAUUUUCGGAAAGGUUUUCGAUACAACCGAUGAUGCUUAUGCUUUCUAUAAUGAUUAUGCAUUUGUACAUGGAUUUGGUAUACGUAUUCAUACUACACACAAAAAUAAGGAAACAAAUGAACCUUAUCGAAAGAUACUUGUAUGCAACAAAGAAGGUUUUAAACGGGAGGACGGUAAUACUUCAAGUGGACAUGAGAAGAAACGUCGUAGAGAAGUUAGAGUCGGAUGUAAGGCAAUGCUUCGAAUUUCAAAAACGAAGGAUGGUAAAUGGUUUGUGGACUUGUUUGACGACACACAUAAUCAUGAAUUGAGCAUCACACCAACGAAGGUGAUGAAGCAUCGGUCUCAUGCGAAGUUCCAUCGUACAAUGGAAUGUAAAUGUCUCAUGAUGCAACUUAAUCAAUCAGGGUUGAAAACUUCUCAAAUUAAAAAGGCCAUUAAUGCAAUGAAAACCUCAAAUGAAGUUUAUGUAACUUCAAAACAAUGCGUUGAUGUAUUAUCUGAGCAACGAAAACACAACAAAGGAAGGGAGUUUUAUGGAUUAAUAAAACAUCUACAAGAUAAAGCAUUGAUGGAUAAUGAUCAGUAUUAUGAUGUGGAUUUGUGUAGUGACGGGCGUCCUAGAAAUAUUUUUUGGGAUGAUGGAAGAUCAAGAGAUGAUUUUACUAAAUUUGGAGAUGUUGUGUUUGAUGUCACUUAUAUGACAAAUAAAUUCAAGAUGCCUUUUGCUCCAUUUACUGGGGUGAACCAUCAUGGACAGUCUAUACUUUUUGGUGGAGCGUUGCUAGAAAAUGAAACAGAAGAAACUUUUGUAUGGUUGUUUGAGCAUUUCCUAAAAUGUAUGUUUAGCAAGUAUCCGAAGGCUAUUAUUACUGAUCAAGACAAAGCUAUGGGAAAUGCAAUAAAAAAAGUGUUUCCAAACGCUCGACAUCGGUUUUGUGCGUGGCAUAUAAAAAAGCAUGCAUUGGAGCACCUCCGACCUUACGUUGCCCGUUAUAGUGAUUUUCAAGAAUCGUAUAAAGAAUGGGUAAUGAGUGACACAAUUAAAGAAUUUGAAACUAGGUGGGAAGUUAUACGUGAUAAGUAUAAACUCGAAAACAAUUGUUGGAUAACUGAUAUGUAUAACCAACGAAUACAUUGGGCUAAAGCUUUCUUAAAGGAAAUUUUCUUGGCCGUACAAUAUGACAAAGCAAUUGCUUCACGAAGGGCCGUCGAAGAAGAUGAAGAUUUUAAAACCAUGAACUCGAGGCUGGUUCUUUCCUCAAUACAUCCAAUUGAAGCAAAGGCAGAAGAAAUCAAGUAUCGAGUCGGGCAACUAGACGUUGACAAAAAAUAUUGGCGGAUUGUUAGCUUUUGUUUGUUAAACAAGAUGCACGUCACAUGUUCUUGUGCUAAGUAUGAGACAUGUGGGAUUUUAUGCAAACAUAGCCUAUAUGUGAUGAAGAAGAGGCAUGUUGACACACUUCCGAGUCACUACAUUUUACCUCGGUGGACCCUUAAUGUUAGGUAUAAGGUGGGUAAACGUAGCAUCGGACUCGAAGAAAUGAAUAAUGAAAAUGGAGUUAGUGCUUACACGUUAUGGUGUGUCCGUUCAAAUUUUAAUAAAUUAAUUGAACAAGAAAAAGACUCCCCUUCAGAAAUCGAAAACGUCAAUAACAUAUUGAUAAAGCUCUUACAAGAUCAAGCAAUCCGAAAAAAACCUAUACCGGUUGAGAACGUAUCUCAAGGUUCUUGUGUGAGAAUUUCACAAGUUGAUAUGAUGCCUCAGUUAUCUGUACGAGAUCCCCUUGGUCCUACUAACACAAAAGGGCAUCCUAAAAUUGCUAGUAGAAUCAAGUCUUCUUUAGAAGUGCCAAAAAAAACGAACAUGCUCUUAAUGUCAAGGAUUGGGUCAUUAUGCUACUAG